AUGCAGAGAGCCUUGGUUUUUCGCUUUCAAUGCACUGCCAUCUUGUUUCUGUUUUCUGCACCUCCUCUCGCAAGACCACUUCCUCAAGGAGGUCAGUACUCAUGGGUCAUUUUUGUUUCGAAAUGCCAACUCAUAUUGGGUGUUUUUGGGGCAGACCCGCUUUACUUGAACUUCGCGUUGAAUGCGACGUAUUUUCCAACAGAGGACUACUAUGACUACAUCGUCGUGGGAGGAGGAACCGCAGGUUGUCCAUUAGCCGCUACCUUGUCACAGACGUUUCGGGUUCUUGUUCUAGAAAGAGGAGGCGUUCCCUAUGGUAACCAAAAUUUGAUGAAUCAAGAAGGGUUCUUGACCGCACUCACCGAGGUCGACACCUACGACUCUCCUGCUCAAACCUUUACUUCCGAGGACGGCGUUUUAAAUGCCCGAGGACGGGUUCUUGGCGGCAGCAGUGCCAUCAAUGCCGGUUUCUAUAGCCGAGCUGAUCCAGAGUUUUAUGAGAGUUCGGGUGUAGAUUGGGAUCUCAGUUUGGUUAACCAAUCUUAUGAUUGGGUCGAGAAGGGAGUUGUUUUUAGGCCCGAGUUAAGGAACUGGCAGUCAGCUGUUAGGGACGCUUUGCUUGAGGCAGGGAUCGAUCCUUACCAUGGGUUUAGUUUGGAACAUUUGGUUGGAACAAAGAUCGGUGGCUCCACUUUCGAUAGCUCGGGCAAGAGGCACAGCGCCGCUGAUCUUCUGAAUUAUGCAAAACCAGAGAAUAUUAAAGUAGCAACUUAUGCAAGUGUGGAAAGGGUAUUACUGGCUUCUUCUUCUUCAAAUGUGAUGUCUCGGCAGUCGGCGAUCGGGAUUGUGUUUCGCGAUGAAAUGGGAAGGUAUCACCACGCUAUGGUGAAGGAGAAAGGUGAGGUGAUACUAUGUGCUGGAGCUAUUGGAAGCCCACAAUUAUUGCUGCUGAGUGGAAUUGGUCCUAGGCCUUACUUGUCUUCUUGGGGAAUUCCGGUUGUGUAUCACCAUCCAAACGUAGGUCAAUUCGUCUACGAUAAUCCGAGGAAUGGCAUCUCGAUUUUGCCUCCGAUACCAUUAGAGUACUCACUUAUACAAGUUGCCGGGAUAACCGAAAUGGGGGCUUAUUUGGAGGCUGCUUCAAAUGUUAUUCCUUUUACGACUCCUUCACGGUCAGUGUUUGUCAGACCACCUUCCUCCCCUCUGCUUUUAACAGUGGCUACCAUCAUGGAGAAGAUUGUCGGGCCUAUCUCAAUCGGUUCAUUAAGGUUGGCCUCAACCGAUGUCAGGGUGAACCCUAUAAUUCGCUUUAACUACUUUAGCAAUCCUAUAGACUUGGAGAGAUGUGUGAAUGGUACACGCAAGAUCGGGGAUAUCUUGAGGAGUCGAUCCAUGGAUGAUUUUAAGUUCACUGAAUGGUCUGGGGGCAGAAAUUUCAGGUUUGUAGGACCUUCAUUGCCUGCUGACCAAUCAAACUACGAAAUGAUGGCUGAUUUUUGCCGGCGUACCGUGAGCACCAUAUGGCAUUACCAUGGUGGGUGUGUUGUGGGGAGAGUGGUUGAUCAAAAUUAUCAUGUCACUGGAAUCGAUGCACUCAGAGUAGUCGACGGGUCAACGUUUACUGUAUCUCCGGGAACCAACCCUCAGGCAACAGUGAUGAUGCUUGGGAGGUACGUUGGCAUGAGGAUAACCAAGGAGAGAAAGCGAUUGAAAUGGUAGCUUUUGAGAUGGAUGGCUGUAAGCCUGCUGCUGGUUUUGCUAUUCAGAUACUUAUAGGCUAUUUGUUUUUAGUUUU